AUUGUACGCUAUAUUAAAAGAUACUGAAUGUGUGUUUAGGGUUUAGCGUGUUUUCAGUGCCAAUUGAAAUGUAUUGUAAUUUAUUUGUGUGAAUAUUGAGUGCAAAAAAUCAGAUUUGAUUAUUUGGUCGAAGUUUUGACUGAAAAUUAUCGCCACUUUUCGCAACAAAUUGUUCGCCAAUUGUUGACCGAAUCGUGUGUUUCGUGUUUCCGAUGUGUCUGUCAUUGGCUUAACGUCUCAUCACUUGAUUAUUGGCCCCAAUAUUGUCGACAAACGAUUGCAUUGACUGAGAGUUACGAACCGUUUGUUUGCCUCACAUUUGAAAGAAUAUUCUUAAGCCGUGAGAGCGGAGAGACAGGGAUUGGAGAGUAAAAAGAGUGCAAAACAUGGAUAUCACUCAAUACAAUACGCGUGUGGUUCAGGAGCCCCGAGGCAUGAUUCGGGUCAUCACUUUGGUGUUCGCCAUAUUGGCCUUCGCGACCACAUCUGGUUUCGACACAAUAACGUCGUUCACGACUGCGUGCACCCGCUUUAACAAGACUACGGGCGCCACGUAUUCGCCGUACUUUAAGGAGAAGUUCCGUAUGUCUGUGGAGUAUCCGUUCAAAUUCGAGGACCAGAUACUGAAGCCGUACUACAGCUGCGCCAACGCCACCGGCGGCCGCGAGGCCCAAGUCUAUCCGAUGGACUUCUCGUCGAGCGCCCAGUUCUAUGUGGCGACCGGUGUCUUAAGUUUCCUGUACUCGACUGCGGCGCUCGUGCUCUACAUAUUUGGAAGCCGUCAAUACGAAAGCAAUCCGUUGUUGGCGGUGAUAGACUUGGCGGCCACCGGUGUGUUGACCAUAUUCUGGUUGGCGGGCGCCUGUGCCUGGGCUGCGGGUGUCAGCGAUGUUCGCUACUAUACCAGUCCAUCGUAUCUGUAUAAGCACUUGGACUUCUGCAGCCCCAACAACACAGCCGAGAGCCUCAACCCUAAGGGCGAGUGCUAUGAGUCUAACCCCGGGAAGUGGACGUCACUCAAUAUAUCACUUAUUUUUGGUUUUGCGAACAUAUUCUUAUGGGCGGCCAGUAUGUGGUUUGUCUUCAAAGAGACUCAAUUUCAUCGCAAACAAAUGCCUGACCAAAUGGGAGCGCCCGGCGGACCACAGCCCGGCUUUGGCCAGUUUGGCGACCAAAUGGGUGGUCAGCAGCAGAUGCCUCAGCAAACGACACAUUUCCCGCAACAGCGACAACAGUUCGGCGACGGGUAUUAGGCUAUCGAUAAACACAAUUAACAAAACAGACCAUAUUUUACUAAAAUUUAACCAAGUGUUAAGUCGUGUUUAACUUCACUGUAUAUGUUUUCAAGUCAUUUAACUGUAUGUGAUUUUAGCCC